AGGGAGGUUGCUGCCUCACCUGAACACACUCAGUUCGACUCACAAGAGUAGAAGGCAAAGGUAAAAAUGCAGCUCGAGGUGAUUAUAUUGGCUCUUUCAUUCGCGCUGUGUGGCACCUUCCCGUGGCACCUGCCAUACACGGGUCAGGAGGCUAAUCCCCGAGCUGACCCUUGCCCUUCUGCUGACCUUAUCCUGCCCUGUGAGUGCUUUGAGGAAGAGGAAAACGCCGGGGUUCCGUCCAUGAGGUGUGAAAACGUGGCCGACGCUCAUGUUCUUGAUACGGUAUUCCUUCAAGAUUUUCCCAAUCCUAAUCUGAUGAGUUUCACUGUGAGUCAUUCCAGCCUUGGGUAUCUUCAUCAGGAUAUUUUCCACGGAAAGACCUUCCAGAACAUUCGGCUGACGGGGGGCGGCGUCUCCUCUUUGGCUCCAGGUGUGCUUGACAACUCGCGAGAAACUCUUACUCGUUUCUUCGUCAACGACAAUCAUCUGACGAAUUUCUCCUUGCAAGAUCUCCACCUUUUCCCGCACGUUGAUGCCCUGUACCUCAGCAACAACCAACUCCUGAGCAUCGACGCCCUGGUUGGCAUGCCCGAGCAGUCGACUCUCUCUGCCUUCUACGUGUCGAGGAACUACAUCACGAGUCUUCAUCCCGACGUCUUCAAGUCAGUCCCAGGCAUCAGUUCGCUCCGCUUAGAUAACAACAGACUAACGUAUCUCUCGCCCAGACUCUUUUAUCCGCUGUAUAAACUCGAAGUUCUCUCCAUCUACGAGAACACGAUCCUGCAACUGGGAACCGGCGAUCUUUGGUUCUCGACCCCGGUACUGCGAAGUCUUGACCUCCGGAGCAACGGCCCAGGACUCCUGUGGGAAGCAGACGUCUUCAGAGGCGUCGGCUUCGACACGAAAGUGGACCUUGCCAACAACAGAUUUCACAAGCUGGAAUACGACGUGUUUGGCCCUGUGUUGAAAAACGUGUCUACCUUUUACGGCUUUGUUAAUUUUGUGGGCAAUUACUUAACCUGUGACUGUUCCGUGCUGUGGCUUGUCAUGGACGAAACCUUGCAGGGACAUGCAUACUCUGCAAUGUGCAAGAAUUUCACGUACGUCGACGACCUGGACCGAAAUGUGAUGAUGGAAGAAUGCGCUACCGGGCCUAUGGUGAAUGGGCGUGAUGGUGAGGAUGGUGAUUCGUGAUCCGUGAUUCGUGAUUCGUGAUUCGUGAUGGUGAAGAUUGUUAGGGAGUUGUUUAUUGUGCA